AUGGCUUGGUUCAGAGGCCUGACAUGGACCAUUACACUGAUUUCAGUGUUGCUGAAUCUCUACAUUUAUACAUAUCCAAGCUUCAUCCCUGAGAGAUGUUCGUGGAAUCAUAGUUAUGAAAAUGGCAAUGAUCUCCUUGGGGAACGCGUCAAAAAUAUACCGUAUUUCGGUGAUCUUUACAAAACACUCUUUAUCAAAGAGUCGAGCGAGAAACUUCCCGAGCCCCGUGAUAUACGGAUGAUGGCAUUUGGCGAUCCGCAGAUCAACGGCAAUUGGCCCUCCACUCCUUAUAUCAAGCGGUUGGACAAUUUUGGCAACGAUUACUACCUUGGUCAUAUUUAUAGAGUGAUGAAAAGCAGGUUGCAUCCCACUCAUGUCGUUGGGUUGGGGGAUCUCUUUUCGUCUCAGUGGAUCGCUGAUUCAGAAUUUUACAACAGAACUAGGAGGUAUAUGACACGUCUUUUCCCAAGACCGGAAGAACAGACCUUUGCCGAGCUCGACUUUAUAGCCGAGCAUAAGGACGUGGACUGGGUGAGCCAUCUGGAAUGGUUUCAGAAAAGCCUUGAGGAUGGUUUAUUUUUGAAGCCGGAGUUCUAUCAUUAUGAAAAUGUUUACGACUGGUCCUCUGCCAACCUGACUCACGAACCACUAUUCAUCAACGUUUCCGGCAAUCAUGACAUUGGCUACGGAGACACGACUUACCAGCAUAUGACUAGAUGGAGAAGACUUUUUGGCAAGGACAAUUACUGGAUAGAAUUUGAUAACGAUACAGAUCAUCCUUGGCGAAUAGUUGUACUCAAUUCCCUUGCCCUGGACGGACCUCUUUUGCAACCGGAGUUUAAGGACUACACAUGGCAGUUUGUUGAAACGUUGAAGCAAAGAAAUUAUAGUGGCUCGUCUAUUUUGCUCACUCACAUUCCAAUGUAUAAGCCUGAGGGUCUUUGCGUGGAUGGCCCGUUGGUGGAGUAUUUCAACGAAAACAACUGCCACCCUGGCGGCGAAUACAGAAUUGGACUUUUGAAAUCCGAAAAUCAUCUGCAAUACGACACUUCUCAGGCUGUGAUGAAUGCAGUGUUCAAGGGGAACUACUCUGGCAUCAUUGUAACCGGACAUGACCAUGAAGGAUGUGAGAAUUUCUACAAUUAUAACUUCACUUCAGGAGAGUGGCAAGCGUCCAAGAGCAUAAAUUCCCCAAAGUACAUAAAAGAGGUUACUGUCAGAUCGAUGAUGGGUGACUUUGACGGAAAUACAGGACUCAUUACGGGGCAUUUCAACCAAGAGACGAAAACUUGGGAAUUCAACUAUAAGUUAUGCCCCUUUGUUGUUCAGCAUGUGUGGUGGGCCGCGCAAAUUGGCAUUGUGCUUAGCAUUUUGUUCCACUCGAUAAACUUCUUGCUUUAG